ACUGGCAUCACUGGCAAAUUCGUGAAAAUUCGAGAAGAAAAAGGGUCGCAGCGGCCGCUGUUCCAGAGAAUUCAUCAUCGUGAUAUUCCACCCGAAAAAGAGUGUAAUUCCGCAUCGUCCCUGUAUCCAACGAAGUGCCACCCCGAGCGCCGUGCCGUGCGUGCAUUAACAAAAGCGAACCCGUUACAGCGAAAAGCGCGUGUUUUGCGAUAAUCGGAAGCGAAGAAAUCGUGUGACCCAUCAUCCGAGGUGGUGGUGUGCUUGCAGAAAAAAAGUGAGGAGCGAAAAAAAGAAAAAACAAAAAAAAACCAAAAUGGUGAAGGAAACGGGGUUCUACGAUGUGCUUGGCGUGAAGCCAGGCUGCUCGCCCGAGGAUCUGAAGAAGGCUUACAGGAAGCUGGCGAUGAAGUACCAUCCGGACAAAAACCCGAACGAGGGCGAGCGCUUCAAGCAGAUCUCGAUGGCGUACGAGGUGCUGUCGGACCCGGAAAAGAAGGCCAUCUACGAUGAGGGUGGCGAGGCAGCGAUUAAGCAGGGCGGUGCGGGCGGUGGCGGUGGUUUCCACAGCCCGAUGGACAUAUUCGAGAUGAUCUUUAACGGCGGCAUGGGCGGCCGCAGGGAGCAGCGUGGCCGUGACCUGGUGCACCGGUUGACCGUGACCCUGGAGGAGCUGUACUGUGGCGCAACCCGGAAGUUGGCCCUGCAGAAGAACGUCAUCUGCGACGGGUGCGAUGGGAUCGGCGGGAAGAAGGGCACGGUACACAAAUGCGCACCCUGCAAUGGUACGGGCGUGCUGACGAAGGUGCAGCAGAUCCUGCCCGGUUUCAUGCAGCAGAACCGCGUGCCGUGCCGAGCGUGUCAGGGCCAGGGCGAGGUGUUCGAUGAGAAGCAUAAAUGCAAAAAGUGCGAAGGCGAGAAAAAGCUACGGGACAAAAAGAUCCUGGACGUGCACAUCGAGAAGGGUAUGCGCUCCGGACAGAAGAUCGUCUUUAACGGCGAAGGUGACCAGGAACCGGGCCUGCAGCCGGGCGACAUUGUGAUAGUGCUAAUGGAGAAGGAGCACCCGAUCUUCAAGCGUUCGGGCAUGGAUCUGCUGAUGGAGAUGCGGCUCGAGCUGUCGGAGGCGCUCUGUGGCUUCCAGAAGGUUAUUUCGACGCUGGACAAGCGGGCCCUCGUCAUUACGUCGCAUCCGGGUGAGGUGAUGAAGCACGAGUCGGUCAAGUGCAUAAUGGACGAGGGUAUGCCGCAGUGGAAGAACCCGUUCGAGAAGGGCCGGCUGAUCAUUCAGUUUACGGUCGCGUUCCCGGAUUCGCUGCCGCGCGAUGCCGUCAAGAUGUUGGAGCAGUACCUACCGGCCCGGCCGCACGAGGACAUCCCGCAGGACGUAGAGAUGGUUAGCAUGGUCGAGCUGGAUCCGGAGCAGGAAUCGCGCAACGCUCGGUACAAGAACGCCUACGAUGAGGACGACGAUGAGGGUGGCACUCCGGGGGUGCGGGUGCAGCAGUGUAACUCUAGCUAAGUUCCCACUCCCUCACCCCCACUACCCUUUACAUCAACCAGAACCCGUCAUCCCCCAAAAAGCUGGAGCGACAUUUUUUAGUUACUGUACACGCACCCAGUCUGAAUACAAAGAACCUAUAAAACCAAUAGCCUCUAUCAAGGUCGUCGACAUCCCCCGACAUUGCACCAGGACUGUCCAGAUUGCGUUAGUCUGGUGAAUGUGUGGACACAAAAUUCAUUACAAUAAAUUAUUAGGACAUCGCUGAUGCGCGAGCGAAUCAAGAAUAA